AUGGUUAGAGACUUUGACAUAGGCCUCCCGAGCAAUGCCUCAUUUUACGCAGGGAUUCUUAUUUCUGCUUUUUCUCUGUCGGAGAGCUUGACAGGAAUGUUCUGGGGUGGCCUCUCUGAUAGAGUUGGCCGCAAGCCAAUCCUGCUCUUCGGUUGCGUAGGUACCACGCUUUCCCUGCUUAUAGUUGGGUUUUCCACUAGUUUCUGGGUAGCACUAUUUGGGAGGGUCCUCGGUGGCAUUCUGAAUGGGAAUAUGGGCGUUAUCCAGACGAUGGUAGGGGAAUUGGUAAAGAGGCCAGAACAUGAACCCCGUGCUUAUGCUGUUAUGCCAUUUGUCUGGUCUAUUGGUACUAUUAUCGGCCCUGCCAUUGGAGGCUACUUCGCAAGACCCGCCGACUCCUUCCCGGGCGUAUUCUCGCGUUCUGGGAUUUUCGGGACAUUCCCUUAUCUUCUUCCCAAUCUUAUUUGCGCUUUUCUGCAGCUUAUGAGUAUUAUUGCAGGGUAUAUGUUCUUGGAAGAGACUCAUCCUGACCUACUGAGGGGCGCCGCUGCUGUCCAGCAUCCGCACGAUUUUGACGAAUUUGGGGCACCGCUGAGUGCAGUUGCUACAGCAGGCUCUACUGCUCACGCCUCAGCUGAUCUACGAGUAAAGUCAUACGGGACCUUUAAUGACGUCGACAUGCACCAGGACGAAGAAUGGGAUGUUAAACCUGGCGGCAAGUCAUACGAAGGUUCUGCCGCCAAAAAAACAAAAGUUUUCACGUACCGCGUAACCAUGCUUGUGAUUGCAUUGGGGAUAUUCACCUAUCAUUCCAUGACUUACGAUCAUCUACUCCCGAUAUUCCUCCAAGAUGAUAGAACCGGAACAGCCUCCAUACUCGUGAAAUAUCUUCUGAAGAUCCCCGGCGGCCUAGGUCUUUCAGUCCAAACAGUCGGACUGAUCAUGGCUGUUAACGGUGUAAUCGCGCUUCUAAUCCAAGCCAUAGUCUUUCCACUCCUAGCAGAAUGGCUUGGGGUUUGGAACGUCUUCGUGCUCGUCACCGUUUUACAUCCAAUCGCAUACUUCAUCGUCCCCUUCCUGACAUCUCUCCCGCAAAAAUUGCUCUUCCCCGGGAUCUACACCUGCUUGACUAUCCGCAACUUCUUCUCCAUCCUAGCCUAUCCAGUCCUGUUAAUCCUCAUCAAACAAGCCUGCCCAUCACAUUCCGUAAUAGGUAAAAUCAACGGCCUCGCCGCUUCCGCCGGUGCAGCGUGUCGAACAAUUGCCCCACCGAUAGCCGGGUAUCUUUAUAGCAUUGGCUCGCGAAUCGAGUUCACUGGCCUCGCAUGGUGGGGUAGUGCAAUGGUUGCUAUUGUGGGAGCUUGCCAGUUAUACUUCAUGCAUGGGAAAAAACACACGGCGGUGUCGGUUACGGCGCCAUCUGUCUUUCUUCACCAUCCUCAUCAAGGGGAAGAGGAGGUACCAUUAAUCCCAGAAGUUAUCCAUGUUACUGUACAUGAUAACACUUAGCGGGAACGUCCCUUUAUCUUAAUUAUACUUCCCUCUACCCCAUAUAUUCUCUCUCUCACAACACCUUUCCGUUGAUUUUCCAUUAUCAUGUCUUUCCACACUAUAACACAGAAAGUGAUAGGGUUAUUUAUCCUUCACCGGCGGCGCUAACUACCACUUGCAGGUGAUGGAUAAACAAUAUCUAGUGUUAUUAGUGUUCUUAAAGAGAGUGUUAAUGAAUAUUUUACGUUAACGGUUAUAUGUAGUAUAUAUAUAUUUUUUCAUCCUUGUCCUUUCUAUUCUAACAACUUGAUUUGAUACUCCCCAUUUGCCAGACAAAACCCUAACUUUUGCAUCAUUGCUUUGGAGUAAAUUUUGGAACCGAAAUAAUAUGGUUUCAUUUCAAUAGUUAACUAUCUCAUCAAAUAUAACUUGCAAUUUAAUUCU